UGUUGUCAGGAUGUGGUAACUUCAAAACUAACCUGACAGAAAACAUCAUACUCAAGAUGGAGAUCACACCUCUCUACCUGCUGCUCUCCACACUGAGGGUCACUCCCAACAGACUUCAGUUCUUUCAGUAUGAAACCUUCUAUACGAAGUGUGAACCGUCGACCAACUCCAGCAGAACCUGGACGGUGAAAAGAAACACCUCCUUCAGCAAAUCUGAGCCGUGUGAUGAUAGCUGGGGGAUCCUGGGUCCAUCUUCCUGCAAUAUUCGGCAUCCUCAUAAAUCCUUCUCUGGAGCAUACUGGUGUGAGUCUAAGGAGGGGGAUCGCAGCAACAUUGUCAACAUCAUAGUGACAGGAGGUGUUGUGAUUUUGGAGAGUCCAGCUCUUCCUGUGACAGAGGGAGAUAAAGUGACUCUUCGCUGCUCCUACAAGACAAAAGGGCAACAAAAAGCUACAUCAAAGUUUCCUGCAAGUUUCUUCAAAGACCAGGUCUUCAUCGGUAAUGUUUCAGCAGGAGAGAUGGUCCUGCCAACCGUGUCCCUGUCUGAUGAAGGCUCCUAUAAAUGCAAACACCCCUCCAAGAAGGAGUCCCCGGAGAGCUGGCUGGCAGUGAGAGCUCGGCCUCCACAGACCCUUACUGCUACUCCUACUCCUCCUCCUCCUCCUUCUCUUUUUCACUUCAUGUCUCUGCCCAACCUGGUGUGCAUCAUCCUGCUGUUCAUGCUCUACACAAUCAUACUCUUUGUGUGUAUACACGUGUACCGCCAGAGGGCUCGAGCUCGAGCUGAUGCCAAAAGACGAGAUUCUGAUCGCCUUCCACUGGAAUGAAGACAAACAGAACCUCCUGAUGAAGUCAACCAAUGAUAGUAGUCUGAUUUUUAUCCAUAUAAGUUUUAAAGUUGUCUGUUCUCUAAUUCUUCAAUAAUCAGCUUCAUGCAUUAGACUAAAAAAAGAGCUUGAUGUUUUAUCACUUGCAUUUCUUUCUAGAACUACUUCAAUCUGUACCUACAGUCAUGGACCAAAGUAUUGACACCAUUGGAAAUUUUCCAGAAAAUACACAUUUCCUCCCAGAAAUUGAUGCAAUUACAAAUGUUUUUGUUAUACAUAAGUUUAUUGCAUUAACAUACAUUGGAACAACACAAAAAAAAUGAAGAAAAAAGCCAGAAAUGACAUAAUUUUGACAAGGACAAUGACCCAAAGCAUACCAAAAAAAAGCACCAAGAAAUGGUUGGAGACAAAGCGCUGGAGAGUUCUGAAGUGGCCAGCAAUGAGUCCAGAUCUAAAUCCCUUUGAACACCUGUGGAGAGAUCUGCUGUUGAAAGAAGGCCCCCUUCAAAUCUGAGAGACCUGGAGCAGUUUGCAAAAGCAGAGGGGUCCAAAGUUCCAGUUGAGAGGUGUAAGAAGCGUGUUGAUGGUUAUAGGAAGGGAUUAGUUUCAGUUAUUAUUUACCAAGGGUGUGUGACCAAAUGUUAAAUUGAGGGUGCCAACAAUUUGGGCUUUUUUCUUCUGUUUUUUUGUAUUGUUCCAAUCAAUCAUCAAUCAAUCAAUCAACCUUUAUUUGUAUAGCGCCAAACGUU